AAGCUAGCGAGCAAACCAGAGAGACGAGAGAGGGACCAGGAGAAAGACCCAGAGAAAGAGAAGAGGAAGCCGAGCUCCCUGAGGACUCAACCUCCAACUUGUUUCAAUUCAUUCAUUCUUGUCUUCUCUCCGCUUCGGGGAAGUGAUUGUGGCGCUUGGUCUCUCCAAGUUGGUGCCUAAGAAGAUGAUAGUUACACAAAUGAGUCACUUCUACACAAGCAGCCUUGGGCUUCUUUUCCUGAUUAAUACUUUUCCUGGAACAACUGGCCAAGGGGAAUCAAGACGACAAGAACCUGGGGACUUUGUGAAGCAGGAUAUUGGCGGGCUCUCUCCUAAGCACGCCCCAGAUAUUCCUGAUGACAGCACUGACAACAUCACUAUAUUUACCAGAAUCUUAGAUCGUCUUCUAGAUGGCUAUGACAACCGGCUGCGACCUGGUCUUGGAGAUGCAGUAACUGAAGUGAAGACUGACAUCUAUGUAACCAGUUUUGGCCCUGUGUCGGACACUGACAUGGAGUACACCAUUGAUGUAUUUUUUCGACAGACAUGGCAUGAUGAAAGACUUAAAUUUGAUGGACCCAUGAAAAUCCUUCCACUGAACAAUCUCCUGGCUAGUAAGAUCUGGACACCUGACACCUUCUUUCACAAUGGCAAGAAAUCAGUAGCCCAUAACAUGACCACACCUAACAAGCUGCUCAGACUGGUGGACAAUGGAACGCUCCUCUACACAAUGAGAUUAACAAUUCAUGCUGAGUGCCCCAUGCAUUUGGAAGAUUUUCCUAUGGAUGUACAUGCCUGCCCACUGAAGUUUGGAAGCUAUGCCUAUACAACAGCUGAAGUGGUUUAUUCGUGGACUCUUGGGAAGAACAAAUCUGUGGAAGUAGCACAGGAUGGCUCCCGCUUGAAUCAGUACGACCUGCUGGGCCAUGUUGUUGGGACAGAGAUAAUCCGGUCUAGUACAGGAUUUAGAGAUUUGGAAUUUGGUGUGGGGAAAGGCUAUUACAGUGAAAGGCAAUACCGAGGUGUCACCACUGUUCUCACCAUGACCACCUUGAGUAUCAGUGCCAGAAACUCCUUACCUAAAGUGGCAUACGCGACGGCCAUGGAUUGGUUCAUAGCCGUCUGUUAUGCCUUUGUAUUUUCUGCGCUGAUUGAAUUUGCCACUGUUAACUACUUCACCAAGCGGAGUUGGGCUUGGGAAGGCAAGAAGGUGCCAGAGGCCCUGGAGAUGAAGAAGAAAACACCAGCAGCCCCAACAAAGAAAACCAGCACCACCUUCAACAUCGUGGGAACCACCUAUCCCAUCAACCUGGCCAAGGACACUGAGUUCUCUACCAUCUCCAAGGGCGCUGCUCCCAGUGCCUCCUCAACCCCGACAAUUAUUGCUUCACCCAAGACCACCUACGUGCAGGACAUCCCAACUGAGACCAAGACCUACAACAGUGUCAGCAAGGUUGACAAAAUUUCCCGCAUCAUCUUUCCUGUGCUCUUUGCCAUUUUUAAUCUAGUCUAUUGGGCCACCUAUGUCAACAGGGAGUCAGCUAUCAAGGGCAUGAUCCGCAAACAAUAGAUAGUGGUGAUGCAGCAACCAGAGCAUUGUAUACCCUAGGAAGCAUCCAGGCACCCAAACCCCAGGGCUCCCCUUUCUGUGUUUCAGGAUUCUUCUUUUUAACUCUCUACCAAGCUGUGGCUCUCAAUUCAUAUUUAUGAGUCUCAAUGAAAAAAUAGUAACAGAAAAAUUACUUGCCCCUUUGACAUUGCUGAGUAUACCCUCAUCAGAGCCAAACACUGCCAUUUGUUCAGUUGCUCACCUUAGUCUGCCAGUCUCCCCCAGCUGAGGGCACUACAUGUAUUUUAUUGCACUCUGCCCACUGCAGAAAGAACAGGAGACUCUAUUACCUGUAGUGGGAGCCUUGGCUAUUUGAGUGGUCCAGAGCAAAGAAGAUUGUUGACUGGUCCAGAUCAUAUGAUUCUAACUCCUGAGGGAGCCAGUCUAUCCCAUGUGGUCCUGGUCUGCCACCUCCCUUGCCUACACCAUGGCCCACUAGGUAUAAGUACUGAUAGCAAAGGCAGGAGCCAGUGCUAACCUCUAAACAUGGCUCCAGCCUUUUUAUUGGCUUGGAGGUUAGUGGGGACAGUUGAGGCUUACCACUGUUAAUGAUAGAUAGCCAAAACAGAAUCAACUAGGCCAGCCUGGUCUAAAGAUGGCUGAUGCCCUGCCAGUUUCAGCCCCUCAGGAAAAUAGUACCCUCUUUGGUAUAUUUCUCCUUUGGGAAAUUUCUCUUAAGUUCUUUGACCCUCCCCCACCCCUUUGUAGCCAGCUGGACACUGCUUAUUUUGGACUCAUUACUGCCUGCAAACUCUUCAUGAAAAGGAUCAAGUAUUUUUGUAAUUUAUACUAAAAAGGGACAAACAGAAACAAAAAGAUCUAGAUCAAAUGCCUAUAUAUAUAUAUUUUUUAAUUAGAGAGGAAAGUCAUCUCCCUGCCAAGGCAACUAGUCAAAUAUUGGAUGGGGUAAGAGAUUUGGGCUGGGUGGUGGAAGCUUGAAGUCUGGCUCAAAAGAGAAAGCCACUGGCAGGUGAAAGUCAAAUUCUUCCUUCCAUGCCCUCCACACCCCAAAUGCUAACCCAGGCCUAAGAACUUUGCUCUCACCUUGUCAGCAAACUCUGGUUCUCUAUUGAUGCCAAUUCUUAGAGGGGUGAAUUGAAGUCUACUUGGUUUUUGAGUCAAGUAAAUUAUUAUUACCAGGUUGAUAAUAUAUUAUUUAGGGGCCAUUUGAUCUCAUUUGUUCUUAAUGUAUUAUAAUUGUAAAAUUUUUAUAAGGUAGAUACACUGAGUCUCAGAUGUUUGAAUGACUUGCCUAGGCUCCUUAUAUGUGUCUGUAAUAGAGAACUAUCAUGAGUCCCUUUCCAAAGGCCAAAAUGAAGACAAGACUGAGAAGCAAGGUACAUUUGACCUCUGAAUCAGCACAAUCUCAACAGUCCUACUGAGUCCUGAAUGCAGUUUAAUUGGACACCAAAAAGAUUUGUAGGAAGAAGUCACAAUGUAUCACCCAAGGAAACCACUUCUAAUAGUCAUGGCUCAAUGGAAUGAUAUUAAGAUGGUAGCCCCAGCCACUAGUCCAGAAUAUCCUAGAAGCCCAAAGUAAAGCCACAGAUGGCACCAAAAGCAGACUGUCCCUUCCCACUCCCUAAAUAAAGCUCCUAAGGGAUCUAACAGCCACUGGUUGCCUUUGCACCCAUCUUUCCC